AUGGGCGCGACUAAUUGGCCGCCGCCGCCCGCUCUAUCUAAGCAGUUGCUCAGCAGCGCCGGCCAAGAUGGAGCCGCCUCUUCCCGUUGCAUUCGCACAUUCGCACAUUCGCACAGUCGGGCCCGAACUUCCGCUUCCUCAACCCCCACACACUUCCCCACCGCGACCACGGCUUCUUUCAUCAACACCACCCCUCGAGGCACCAAGCGUCGUCAACGUCGUCGUCGUCGUGCAUACAGUGGUCUAUAUACCCACCAUCAUCACCCCCUCCCCCCCUCCGGUCCACUUUGGUACUCCGCAGCCAUGGCCUCGCCCAAGUCGGUCGAUCGCGUCUGGGCGCUGCACGACUUUGAGGCCGAGAACCCAGACGAGGUGUCGUUCAAGGCGGGCGAGUGCAUCCUCGUCGUCGAAAAGGACGACGAGUACGGCGACGGAUGGUGGCAAGGCACCAACGAGCACGGCCACACCGGCCUCUUUCCUUUCACCUACACCACCCUCGAUCGCACGCUCGCUCUCACCGCAACAAAGUCCGGCAACGCAACCCCGGAUGCGCUCGGCACUCCGCACGGCGCCAUCGCCUCGACGCAGCCCGGCGUCAUGCACUCCACCAUGGCCGACAUCGACAAUGCCCUCACAGAACUCCAGGGCGACCGCAAGCCCGCCAGCAUAAACCACGCCGCUUCUUCCACCGCCACCGCCAACAACCCCGCCGCCGAUUCGUCGCGCGCCUCCUUCACCAGCGAGCGCACCGACGCAGAGUCCGACAACCUCGCCGAGGAGUCCGACGACUUUGCCAGCCGUUCCGUCGCUGCACGUGCCGCGCUCGCCGCCAACGCACAGAAGAACCUCGCCAACAACGCACAUCGCGAAAAGCAGGAGGAGCAGCGCAUGCGUGCGCAGGCGCAGCGCCAGUUCGAAGAGGAGGAGGCGCGUCAGCGCGAGCUUCUGCUCGAAAAGGAAAAGGAGCGCCAGGCCAAGCUCGCAGCCGGCCACAUCGACCCCGCCGACGAAAAGUCCAAGGCCGCCCCCAUCGCAGGCGUCGACAUGAGCGACGAGAGCGACAGCGAGGGCUCCGUAGGCCCGCUCGACGACUUUCAGGACAAGACCCACAGCCCGCUCUUUGGCAACCUCGCUGCCACCCCCACCGAAGGCGUCGCCGCGCGCGAGAUCCAGCCCCCCACCUCUAGCCUUCAGGGCAUUGUGGAGGACGACGCCAAGAUCCAGCCUGCCUCUCAGCCAAUCGCUCCCAUCCAAGCCGCGACAGCAUCCACCACGAUUAGUACUACAGACACGCCCGCAGCACCCGCUCCGCUCACUUCGGACGACUUUACCUCGGCCGUGACUCCGGACGCUCCCACCACCGCUGACACGGCCGACGAGCCAGCUUCCUCCCACAUCCCCGCCAUCGCCGCCGGAACUGGUGCGAUCGCUGUCGGUGGCGCAGCCGCCGCGUUGGCUGCCGAAGCUGCGCCACCUGCUGCUGACGACUCGACGCGCUCCGUCGCAGGAGACAGCACGCGCACCGGCACCGAGGCCGGCACGGGCGCCACGGGCACCGCCACCGCCGCCACCUCGGUCGCAGCCACGCCCAACGACGACGCCAUCCCCGCAGCGCCGACUGCCAAGCCUCCCGCUGCGGCCUCGGCCAGCCUCACGGGCGAUCCGACCGAGUGGGGCGUCGACCAGGUGGUCGAGUGGGCACGCUCCAAGGGCUGGGACGAGGCGGCGGUGGUGAGCAAGUUGCGCAACCACGAGAUCUCGGGCGACGUGCUGCUCGAGAUGGACAUCAACAUCCUCAAGGAGAUCGACAUUGUGGCGUUUGGCAAGCGCUUCCAGGUGGCCAAUGGCAUCAAGGAGCUGCGUGCCCAGGUGCCUGGGGCCGUCACGACGCCAGGCGCCUCGCAGCCUGCGCACGACGGUCUGGGUAGUCCGGCGAUCAUCGCUCCCGCGGCGGCUGGUAGUGCGUCGGGUACGCCGUCGUACUCGCCGUACAAUGCCGGCUCGCACAGCGGCAGCAAUGCCGACGGACGCAGCCUGAGCGCACGCAUGGCCGAGACGAGCCUCGACCAGAGCUACGGCCCCGGCUCGAGCCGGCCGGGCAGCUAUGGGGGCGAGCGCGACUCGUUUGGGCCCGCGCAGGCGGCCUACGGGGGCGCGGCGGGCGUGGCGGCGUGGCAGGCGCAGCAGGCGGGACAGGGCCAUGCCGCGCGUGUGCCGAGCGGCGACGUACCGCUCUCGCCCACCGCCGCAUCGCAAUUCGGCGUGAGCUCGAGGUAUGCGCCAUCGAGCGGCACGUACGACGACAAGCUCGGUGCGCUGCCGUCGUCGCCGCGCAAGCGCGAGUCGACGGGCUCGGCGGGUGCGUCCGAGAAGAACAACCGCUCGAGCUUCUUUGGGCUCGGCCAGAGGAAUCGCAAGCCGCCACCGGCGGGUGUGGCCGGAACCUCCGGUGCACCCGCAUCCAACGCCGGCGACGAUGAGCGCAGCAACAAGGGCACACUAUCGCGUCUGGGCUUUGCGCGCAGCUCGAGGAACAUCAGCUCGCAGUCGUCGCAGUCCAACUUCAAGGACCAGAUCUCGCUGCCCACUUCGAGUCCGCACUUUGAUGCCAAUGGCGACACGGUGCGUCGACAGCGACAGUCUACGGGUAGCGGUACCGUUCUUGCCUCGCCUGCGACGAACGGUGAGAUGGGGAUGGGCAUGUCGCCAUCGGCACGACCGACUUCAAUUGGCUCGGCGGGUGCAGAAGCGCCUUCUGCUGCCGCUGCGACGUCGGCUGGAGUAGGGAAUGUUGCAGCAAGUGGGCCUGUGAUGUCGCGCAUUCAGCCGGUGGAUUUGGAGGGGUGGAUCAAGAAGAAGGGCGAGCGCUACAACACAUGGAAGCCCCGCUACCUUGCACUCAAGGGCCCCGAUCUGGUGAUUCUUCGCGAUCCGCGCGCCGAGAAGAUCAAGGGCUACGUGAAUAUGAAGGGCUACAAGGUGAUUGCGGACGAAAACACCAAUCCGGGCAAGUACGGAUUCAAGAUUUUGCACGAGACCGAAAAGCCGCACUACUUUUCGUCCGAGGAUCCCAUCCUGGUGCGCGAGUGGAUGAAGGCGCUCAUGAAGUCGACCAUCGGUAGGGACCAUUCGUUCCCGGUUAUUUCGAGCUACAACAACGCCACGAUUAGCUUGAAGGAGGCUCAGAGGAUGAAUCCACCCCCGAGACCGCCCAGUCCAACGAGUAGGGCUAGGACACAGAGGGCAAAGGCUAGACCCAACCCCGAACAGCUCACUGCCAGGGAUGCGGCGAUUUUGAUGAACCUCACCUCCGGUCAACCCACCAAGCCCGAUGAUCUGUAA